AUGGAUGAUGAUAAUAUUAAGCAACAUAUGCAAAUUCAAGUAAGCAUAGCAGCUUCCAUAGGUCAAGGAGGAAGUGAUGUAAAAUCGCAAUCAUCACGAGGGACAUCAACGUCAUCACCAGAUAAUGUCGCGGUACAAGCUACCGACAUCACUGGCACUAUCCUGCGAUCUGGCUAUCUGGCCAAGAGGAUUUGGCGUUUUGCUCGCUCGACCAGUUAUUUCGUUCUCCGUGAUAAUGGCAAAUUCUAUUUUUAUAAAAGUAAAACAAUUGCUGAAAAUCCUCAGAAAUACAAAGGUUUCACCAAUGUUAAGGAUAUUUACAUAGUACCACGAGGAUCGAAAGGAUUUGUAAUUUAUACAAAAAAGAGUGUUUGGUAUUUAAAAGCGAGAACAAGUCAAGAUCGUGAUGAUUGGGUUGAAAAACUUAAAUCUACAAGAGCAUACUUACGAAUGAAAGAUGAGGAAGAAUUGAAACGAAUUUUGAAUGUCCCAUCAAGUCAAUGGGAAAAGUUAAGUACGUCGAAAAUAAUCAUUGACAUGGAUGAAUCUCUUCAAAUAGCAUUUAAAAAUUUACGUGAGCUCGAAGUAAAAUUAAAUGAUUUUCGACAUUCUCUUCCAAAUGGUAAACAACUGGAUAAAGCUCAAUUAGCUGAUCUUGAUGACACAUCACAUAAGGUCAUAACUGGUAUUCAAAAUAGUUUGGGAGCAGUUGAAAGGUAUUUUGCGGAAUCAAAAUCUUUACAGAAUGAAAUGAAACGUAUGAUAAAUGAUUUAAAUUACGAAUCUCAACAACGUUCAAAUUUAUUACGCCAAAUAGAGCUACAAGCAAAGCAAUUAAAUUGCAUUGAAAAAGAGUCUGUACGAUUAAAAUCAAAAUUUACAUCAGAAGAACUUUCAAAAUUUGAUGAUCUAAUUUUGGCUCCUGAAAGUGAAAGUGAAAGAGAAGUGUAA